AUGUCGGGUGGGCACGUCAUCGACUGGGAUUACUUGUGCGCCGCCGUGGACCACGGGCUGAAUAUACAGAUCUGGCAGCCCCUAUCCUUCGGCUUCAUCAUGGACCAUGCCGUCGUCCCCUAUUUAUCCAUGCGUGCUCUGAUGGGCCGGCGACGACUACAGCAGCGACAGAAAAAGUCCUCCCCAAGCCCCUCUUCUUCCCCUGCUUCCCAAGCCGAGGACCUACUAUAUCUACUCAUCCACUGCCGCCACCGCUCCUCUGCCGACUCCCGCGACAAAAUCUACUCCGUCAUGGGCUUCUUACACGAGAGCCACGAUCAACUUCACUCCCUCCCAAAUCAACUAUCCAUCGAGCUCGACUACGGCCAUCCAGUAGUCUACAUCUACCGCCUAAUCACCCAAUUCCUCAUCCGACAAUCUGGCACCCUUGACGUCCUAGGUGUAUGCCCCAAAUCCACCCGCCGCGCCCUGCCCUCAUGGGUAACAGACUGGAGCAUAACGUCGCCCAUCAGAUCACCCUUGAGUCGGGACUCAAUGGAUCGGCCACGGAGAACGCAUGCUACAGGCUACACCAAAGCCGACGCGCUGCCGUUUUAUCACUCAGAGUCGCAAGAAUCAGUCGGGGAAUUCCACAAACCCGAGCACAAGCGUGAGUGGUUUACACGGGUCUCCGGCAUUUUCAAGGCGGAGCACCGCGUGUGUCAGGAUGUUUUGGCCAUCGUUAGCACACUGUUUUCCUGGGAGAAAUUUGCUGCUUUCACCACUCCUACCGCCACUGCUGCUAUGAGACCAACGACAGCAAGAACAACGAAUCCCAGUGACAACAAAAGCAAUAGUAGCAGUGCCCCCAGUGAAAAAAGUCCCGAGAACGACAAAGACGCCUAUUGGCAAACCCUCUGCGCGGAAACUUACAAAUCCCACUCCCGUACCCUAACCUCCUCUCUAUACGAAACCUGGUCCACAAGCCUCGAGCCCCUUCGUUCCUUCCUAGCAUUCCACCCUCACACAUCGGAAUCGUUCCCCGAAGUCGCCUUCAAGAAGUUCCUCGACACGGUCUGGGAUUCCUACGUUGAAUUCUGGCCUUACAUCAAUUGUGCCAACCACCGGCGUAUGGGGCAGGUCUCGGAGCCAUCACGACUGUGUCUACUACCCGAAGCAGCGCAGUUAGGGGACAAGAUCAUACUUGCCCGGGGCGGGAAGGUGCCGCUCGUACUCAGGGCCGAUGAGGAUGGGUAUUAUAUGUUCGUCGGGGAAGCGUACGUGCAUGGGGUUAUGGAGGGAGAAGGAUGGGACGAAAGCAGGUGCGAGGAUGUCAAAAUAUGUUGA